AUGUCCCUAGAAAGCAUCCUCGUCACCAGCGCUACCGGCAAUCAGGGCCGCGGCGUUGUCAAGCAUUGCCUGGCUUCAGCGUCAAUCAAGGUCUACGCGCUGGUGCGAGACCCCUCGAGCGCAGCAGCGCAAGAGCUCGAAGCAUCGGGUGCGACCCUGGUCAAAGGCGAUCUGGAUGAUGCGGCGUCUGUGCAGGCCGCGCUGGAGCAGACGAAGCCAACGGCGCUCUUCCUGAACCUGCCGCCUGGCCCCGGCAGUUUGCAGCUCAGCCGGGCGCGCAUUGUUGUCGAUGCUGCUGGCAAUGUGCCGUCUGUCCGUUCGCUCAUAUAUAGCGGCGUAUCUGGCACGGGCUCGCACGACAGCUAUCCCGAUUUCGGCCCGGAUCAUCCCAUGUACGAGUACUGGUUGUCAAAGCAAGAGAUGGAGGACCUGGUGCGAAGUGCGGGGUUUGCGAGCUGGACAGUUAUACAGCUCCCCGUGUUUUUGCAGCUCUUCGUGCCGCCCUUUGCCUCUGUGAUGUUUCCAGAUCUAUGGAAGGACAACGUACUCCGAACGGCCUUCAAGCCCGAGACCAAAUUCGACGUCCUGGAUGCUGGGGAUAUUGGUGCUGUAGUUGCCGCGGCGCUGCAGAAGCCCGACGAAUUCCGGCCCCGGGUCGUUCCCCUUGCCGUGGAGGCGGUCACGGCGAGUGAGCUGGCGGCCAAGAUUGGGAAGGCCAGGGGGGUCAAGAUCGAGGUGGCACACGAAACAAUGGAAGAUCUUGCAAAGAAGCUGGGGCCCUUGGGCCCGAGAUUGGUGGCAUUCCAGGGCAUAUACAACGCCACAGGGAGCACGAUUGACGUUCAGAAGAAUAGAGAGGAAUUUAACCUAAAGAGCGUGGAGGAUUUCUUUGCCGCAGCUAAUGUAUAA